AUGCUUCCUGAAGGAGCCUUUUAUGAGUCAAAGGAGCCCUCCCUGUACACGGUGAAGGCCCUGCUCAUCCUGGACAGCCUCGGGCAGCGCCUCCUGGCCAAGUACUACGAUGGCACCUUCCCCACAGCCAAGGAGCAGGCGGCCUUCGAGAGGAGCAUCUUCAGCAAGACCCACCGGGCGGGCGGGGAGAUCGCCUGUCUGGAAGGACUCACCGUCGUCUACAGGAGCAGUGUCGACCUCUUCUUCUACGUGGUGGGGGGCUGCCAGGAGAAUGAGCUGAUGCUGUCGGCCGUGCUCGCCUGCCUCCUCGACGCUCUCGGCCACCUCCUGCGGAAGGAGGUGGAGAAGCGCUGGCUGCUGGACAACAUGGAGGGGACAUUCCUGGUGGUGGAUGAGAUUGUGGACAGGGGGGUGAUCCUGGAGAGCGACCCCCAGCAAGUGAUCCAGCGGCUGAGCCUGCGGGCCCCCGAGCCGGCGGCAUACGGCUUCGUCCUCUUCGACUACCUGACGGGCAGCUCAGAGAGGAAGGAUGCGGGGGACGCCGGCGGCCGAGAAUAG